AUGGCCUUGCUUGGACUCGUGCGAUCGCGUUGCGGUGCUGCGGUAGGAUGCAGAGAUCGCGUCCAAGUCCCCGCUGCCACGGCAGAUAAGGUCGAUGAGGUCGGAUUUCCGAUCGUCAUUGUUCCAGAGCUUUUGGAGCUCAUCGGGGAGGCCUUGAUCCGCUUGGAGUUGUUCCGAACUCGAUUAAUCAAGUUCGUUGCGCUACCUGACUUGACCGGCAAGCCGAGGGCGCUUGAUCAGGACGAGGAGAAGGAGGAAGGAGAUGCCGGCAAGGAUGAUGCGAUGGGAGGCUUCACUACCGGAGAAUUCCAGACCGGCCAGCUGGCAGCCAUCGAAGAAUGGCUGAAAAUGCUGGCGGGCUUCCUGUCAGCCAACAUUGCUCAGAGGCCAGAGCACAGGGCAACGGACCAAGGAGACACCUUCUUCUUGCCUGUGCCCUCCGAGCCGCUGGCGGCGCGGCAAAGUGAGGCGGAAGGUGACCAGGAGACCACGGCAUCGAUGGGGAGCCGUGCUGCUGCUCCUGGUGGUCGGGUUGUUCCGAAAGGGCCGCGAAAAUCCACUGGUGAUGCGCAACUGGCGGGCAACUCCGAGAUGCCUUUCUGUGAUGACACUGACUCUUCCUUUCGAGCCGAACACCGUGUUGGGGCACACCGUGGUCGAGAGCUUCCGAAAGGGGCGAGAAAAUCCACUGGUGUUGCGCAGCGGGUUGGCAACUUCGCUUCCAUUUCUGCUGGUGCUCUCCGCGAGGGUGCUGGAGCUAUGCAACAGGAGGACAAGGCGCUGCGGCGGCACGACUUUUACCUCUUCAGCUUCUACGGCUUUGGACGGGGGUCAUGGUUCAACUUCGGCUACAACUGUGGCGAUCCCAAUGGGGACCAAAAGAGUGUGGAUCCCGAAGGGGACAAGGAGUGGGAUGUUAUUCCCGACUUCGGCGCCACAGGCGUCACACAUAGCCCGCACGGGCUCCCUGAUUACGCGCCCGUGUGCUGUGCCAUGGAGGGCGCAGCGACCAGGCGACGUGGCGGCUCGACCUCUACGACUUCUACUCCUUCGGCUUCGGCGGCCUUGGGCGGGGAUCGGGAGACAACUUCGGCUACAACUGUGGCGACUUGGAAGUGGGAACCUCGACUUAGCGGCCAUGCGGCGACGGAACUUUUUCUGCCGCGCACUUCGUCUUCUACCACUUUGGCGACGGAGGGCGAUGGCGAUUACUGCAACAUGCGCGCGCCUUUUGAGACCACCCUGGCCGGACGCACUCUGGUGGCGGCGGGCCGUGGCGACCCAUGUGGCGGGACUUUAUGGUCACGAUCUUCGGAGUCAAGUUCGUCGGAGCUGGACGGCAGGACAGGACGCGCAAGCGGGGUUUUCAUGUCGGUCAUGUCAUGUUUUCCGUUUGCUUCGCGCCUCAUGACAUGCUGUUGCACUUUAGCUUCUUCUGACACUGUUGCGACUCGGAAGUGCGAAGCUCGACUCAGCGACAGUGCUGGGACGGAGCUUUUUCUCCCGGGCACUUCGUUGGCAUCCACUUUGGCGACGGAGAGCGACGGAUUGCCCAUCGUCUGGGCUACUCCGUCAGGCACCUCAGUUGCGGGUUCGUCGCAUCCAGAGGGCAGGACAGGACUUGCAGACAGUGUUUUCAUGUCGGUCAUGUCAUGCUGUGCUUUCGGUGUGCGUCUCAUGCAGUGCAUUUACAUUCCGAUGCGACAACUCAGUCACGAUUGGAAAUGCGGUGCGAGAAUAGGUGAAGCGACAAACCCUGGACCUCCCUCUUCUUCUCCCUCUCCGGGUGGGCUUCUCGAUGGGUUGGGGCUUAAAGAAAUGAUCCGGGAAAUGGUCCGAGAGGCCGUGAAAGAGGCCAUUCGGGAAGCUUUCGGGUCAGGCUUCUUGGCUCCACCGGAGCCGGCUGCUGCGCGAGCCAAGUCUCGUGGAAGAGGGGACAAGCCUGACAAAGGCAAGGGAAAGGGCAAAGACGUUGGCAAAGACAAGCCGGCCAAAGCGAAGGGCACCGACGACGCGCCGAGACGGUCACCGAAGCCUGGCAAAGGAAGUGGUGACGCGGUCCGUGAGAAACCGCAGCAUCCUUCGAAAGAGGAGGGUGACGGCGAGUGGAAAACCGUCGAGCGCAAAACGAGCGGGAAAGAGUUCGUCCUGCGGCAGCAGGAUUGGGAUGCCCCGUUGACGCUGUAUGGAGAGGUUUCGGCCGCCCUUGACAAGAUCAAGCCGGACGAGGUCUUUAGGGCUGUAGUGCGAUGUGAUCAAAGUCAGCGAACUUUGUUGCAGAGGGUGCUACAAGGCUCCAGCCGAAAAUACAGCGUCCUGACCGUGACCCUCGGCAAAGAAGAGGGCCAGGACCCGAAGACCCAGCAGAGGGUUCCUGGUCGCCAAGGCGAUCUGUUGGCCUUCAGGGCAGCCACUGUGCUGAAGAUCACGUCUGCGGAGCAGUCCGCGCCGCAACCGAAGGGCAUGCAUCAGGCGGCGGUCAAGUUGGUUAAAAAGCCAACAGAGGUGCUGGUGGUACGGGUCAGCAAGAACUUCGCCACCAAGGAGCUCUGGGACGCGUUCGUCAAGAGCCCGCAGCGUAGCGUCCAGCAAUGGUUGGCCGACAGGCACGUGAACGCCUUGGACUCAUUCUCGUGGAAGGACGAAAAAGGCGACAACCACGGCCAUCAAUUGUAUGGACUCGUCCGACUCUUGCAGCCGGAGGCUCUUGCGAUCCUGGGUUCGUCGGGACAGGAUGGGGUGUUCUUGGAUCCAACCAAGUCGAUGGGCAUUUCCGGCCGCAUCACUUGGGUGGAGCGGAGCUCCAAGACCGAAAGUCACAGCGAUUACCACGCCCGUGCCAUCAAAUGUGCCGGCGACCUCGGCUUGGUGGCAAAAGGGAGCAGGCUGGCGAUUCGUUGCACCAUCCAGUCAGGGGACAUUGUUCCGAAGAUUUGGAUAUUCGAGCACGUCCCGGUCUCCGUCGACCCUGAGCAGGCGAAGGCGAUCCUCGAGAAGUACUUCAGUGACGUGACGAUGAUGCGUGCCAGAGGCUUUAAAGGGGAGAGAACCUUCUUCUUCAAGGCGGCUCAUCCGAGUGACCCGAACAGCGACCUGGUCCCCAUCAACCUGGACACCGGAGACGGUGUGAUCACUACGUGGGCUCGGGUGGCACCGCCGAGGACCGAGAAGUUCAAGCAGCGGCAACUGCCAACGACUGCGUUGCCUUUGGAGCAGAAGCAGACCUUCAGGGCGGCGAACCCCGUCGCCGUUCCUGUGGCGACCGACGCGGACGAGGAGGAUGCGGAUCUCCAGGGGGACGGCGAGGGCGACGAGCAGACUGACAAGGAUGGCAAGAGCCGAGACAAGCCUGCGGUCACCGCCCCUGCUGCGAAGCGCGCUGCUGUCGCGCCGGAGCUGCGACCGAUCCCGGAGGGUCUGCGCAAAGAGGACCAACCGAAGGAUGGAGCCUGUGGCUUCCAUUGUUUCUCGGCGGGCCUCAAGCUGAUCAGCAAGGGAAAGAUCGAGAAGCAUCCGCGAAUCCUACGAGCUGAAUGCAUCGAGCACAUGCAGAAGCACGCCGAGGAGUACAAAGCGGCAUGGGACAGCAAGGGCCCCGACGGCCGAGUUCUCGACUCUUGGGACACCUACAUCACGGCGGUCAGUUCCGAGAGCGCCUACAUCAGCGACCUUGAACUGAAGGCGAUGGCGCGGCUUUACGACGUCAAGGUGGUGUUGGUGCCAGAGAUGGCCUGCUUCCCGCCGGUGGUUUUCCACUCUGGCCAGAAGUCUCCGAAGCGGUGCCUGAUCUUCUGGUACUCAGGGCGUCACCUCGACCUGCUGCUGGUGGAAGAGGGCAAGAAGAUCCCCAAGGAGAUCGCCGAGAUCACUGCCACGAUCAACUUCGAGCUGCGGGUGGGUGGGGACUCUUCGUCGGCAUCGGGAUCGUGGGGACCAAGGACGGUGCUCACGAAGGCCAGUGACUCUUCAAGCUCUUGGCAUUCGCAGGCGGGCACGGCUUGGACCAAGAAGUCAGGCACUGCUACGCAGGGGCCUCCUCCUGUGACCUCCGGUGGCCGACGCACGAAGGCCACUGCGUCUCAAGGCUUUGAGGAGGUGGAGGAGGCAGAGCCGGCUCUGCAAACCUCCACCCGUCGCGUUUUUCACUGGCAACAGCAUGGUGUUCGUAAGACUCCUAAGUUCUUCAGGUGCCAGCUUUGUCCGUAUGUCGCGCCUGUGAAGGAUGCGACAGAACUCUGCUGGAAACGCAGUAACCAUUGCAGGCGAGUCCACAACGGCGAAGGCCUUCCUGGUUAUCGCAAGAGGACCGGCGAGUACAUCACGCCGAUCCGAGGCCCUCGGGACAAUUAUGCAUGGACGUGUCCCCUUUGCCCCUAUGGUUUGGCCAACAAGCUCCGAUCGGCGCUGAAUGCCACCACGGUGCUUUUUGCAAAAAGGCGCCAUCGGGCGGAGCACCAUCCCAAGAUCACCCCGGCCAAGUGGCAUCAGCUUUGUGUUCCACGUGGCCAAAGGAGGGCAGCGCAGAGAAUCACCAAAUUCAACUGCAACGUGGCGAAGAACCUCACCGAGGACAUGAAGUGGCAGGCGGACUCGCUCGAGAACAUCUUCACGGAGGCACGAGCGGUUAUCGGUGGUGACUAUGUGGAUUUCGUUGAGCAGUUUCAGGCCGAGGCUUUUUCUCUGCAACAGCUCGACAUUGCCGAUGUGGAGGUGACGAGCUACACGACGGCGUGGAAGAAGGCUGGGGCUCAGCUGUUUCUCUCGAGGCCUGAGGCCCAAACGGGUCGGCGUCGAGUGGGCUUGGUCACCACCUUGCAUGCUCGGGCUCUCCGGAUGCCUCCGGAGUCCUUAGCUGCCACUCGUGUUGCUGCAGCCAUUGUGCAGGUCCAGUCUGGUGGACAACCGGUGCCCCUGGUGCUUGGAGCCUUUUAUGGUUUCCCCAGCGACUCGGAGGCCACGGACCAAGUGGUGCAGCAAUUUUUGGAUGUGGUGAGGCCUUUGCGGUGCAUGUACGUGCUCUUCGGGGACUUCAACUGGCAGCGGGGCGAGGCAGGACUGAUCGACUCUUUGUUGUCACUGGGGCGCUUACGGUGCCUCGAUGAUGACUUUGUGGGGAUCCUUCCCAACACUUCACCGAGCAGGACGCGGAGGAUCGAUUUCGCCGUGGCCCAUCCGGGGAUUGCAGCUACUCAGGUAUGUCAUGUGGACGGACCGGCGGAUCAUGUUGCUGUCGGCUACACUCUGAACCUCGACCUCAACUUCAGCGGCCAUCGACUUCCACUUCGUGCUCCGAUGGAUGCGGGGUUGAGCGAGGAGGCUAUCGCGGGCAGGUUCAACCAAGUGUGGAGUGCCAGUGACUUCGACCAAUGUUUGCAGCAUGGCCGGAUCGACGAUGCAUGGGGUUGCCUCUCAGGUGCUGCCGAACGGGCUCUGGGGGUGAGCCCUGGCGCCUCGGCGCCCAGGGCCUUUGACCCCACUCCGGAGUCCAACGAGGGCGAGCGACGACAUCUUCGACGACCUCGACACUCACGGGGACUUGGUGGGCUUCGACGCCUUCUUCGACGACUUCGACAAUUGGCGAUGGAGCCCGAGGACUUUCGCCUUCGACGCUCCAUCAAGGCCUCCCUUGGAGGACUGCGCGAACUUGUGCCCGAGCUGCCCUACUUUCCUGGUGAUCUCCUGGAGGCUGCAGACGAGGUGGCGAAGCUCGUCCAUCAGUACGAGGCCCAGGAGACCGAGGCCAGAGUGGAUGCAUGGCGCAACACCGAUCGAUCGUACACCACGAGUUGUGCAUGGAUCAAACGGAAAGCCGAUGAAGCACAGGCGUGUUUCGGGCAACCAAAAGAACUUCGCGAAGCUGUGGCUACACAUCCGACUCAGGUUCUACGUGAACAAGGUGCGAUUUGGAGUGCUUUGUGGACCCGCUCCUCGGACACCCCUUUUAAUCCCGAACCUUUGCGAAAAGUGCUCUCCGAGCUACCGCGGCCCGUGGACACCCAGGUCGACUUGGCGGUGUCCGCGGAUGGCUUGAGUAGGGCGACGCAACGCAUGGUGAAGAAAGCAUGCGGCAGCGAUGGGUGGCAAGCGCGGGACCUUUUGCGCUUGCCCGUCACUUUCUGGGAGGCUGCUGCCACUCUUUGGAAUCGGGCUCUGGAGAUCGGGGUGUUACCGACUACGUGGACUUCGGCUUUGGUUGUUUUGCUGCCUAAGGCCGACGGCCGUACGAGGCCGGUGGGCCUUCUUUCCAUCUUGUGGCGAGCUGGGGCACGAUGCCUCGUCAAGCAACUUCGUGGAUGGGUUGGCACGUGGACCACGGCUCAAGCCAUGGGUGGGGUCGCGGGUGUGGGCGUUGCCGACUCGCACCUCAGGCUGAUGGGCGCACACAGGCGUGGAUGCCGCGCCUUCGUGAAGCAGGACCUGUCGCACUUCUUCGACUCGCUGACGCUGGACGUGCUGCUUCCCUUGCUGGAGCACUACAAGGCGCCGGCGGCUUUGUGUAGGCUGGUGGCGGCCAUGUACCGUGACUCGCGCCGGCUUUUCAAAGUUGAGCAGUUCACCACGGAAAGCUUCACUACGGCCAAUCGUGGAGUGGUUCAAGGAUGCCCUUUGAGCCCGGUCCUUUCCCUGCUGGUUGGUCAAGCCUGGGCCUCGUACAGUGUCCUCCACACGCAGGAGAUCCAGUCGUUGGUCUACAUCGACGAUCGAUUGCUGUGGCCAGUGUCGUGGUCGCAGCGUGCCACGGAGGCGAUGCGCCAGGUGCUGCAGCGGUCCGAUUUCUUCGACGCUGCCCUGUGCCUUCAGUGCAAACCCGAGAAGUGUGCUUUGGCGCAUCACGAUCAAGCUCUUGACCUGGUUCCUUUGAUGCAGGAGCGCGGCUAUCCUUGUUGCCACACCCUUGAAUUCUUGGGCAUCCAGUUUGAUCUCACGACGGCGCAGUGCGUCCCGCUCAAGCUGAACCUAGACAAGGUGAAGUGGCGACUAAGGUACUUGAAGCGGGUUGGCGUGAACUUGACACUUCAGAAGCUGCUCUUGUCCUCUUUGGUUUCAGCGGCUUUGUUCUGGGCGGGGGGUGUGGCUAAACCUUCUGACGAGGACUUGAAGUCGGUCACCAACGAGCUCUACUUUUUCUUGCAGGGGAGUUUUCUUAGGGAAGCUCCCAAGGUCUUGAUUCAUGAGCUAAUGGGUUGGAGAUCUGAGCCACAGUUCGCUUGUGACAUUGCUGCUUUUCAGGCUGUGACGCGUCACUUGUCUCGCACGCCCGAGUGGCGAGAUCAGGUGCCGUUGACUGAGGCUUUCGACAACUGGCAAGAUGUGCUCCCCUUGGCUGCUCAAGCUGUGGUGAGGUGCGGUUGGCAAGUGGUGCGGCACGGAAGGGCUCUGCAACGUGUCGACGACCAAGGCAGGGUUCGCACCUUUGAGUUCGGCUGGGACAACCUUGAGAUCCUCGAAGAGUGGCUCCGUGUGGAGUACCGGCGUAAAUUCAUGGCUCGAUGCGGCAGGGUGCAGCAAAGCUAUCAUCGCCCUGGCAACUUCGCAGGCGGCCUCGACCUUCCUGCACCUGGAAACCUCGACUACAGCUUCCUCGGGCACAAGAAGGUCUUCGAAGGUGCUUCUUCGUUACCGCAACGGAGGGCUGCUGCGGCUACUGGUGGCACUGUGUGGCAUUGGACGGCCGGCAGCACGCUCGAGCACGGAGAUCCUCGGGGUCUCUGCCUCUGUGGACAGUGGGCCCCCUCGCGAGCUCACUUGACGUGGAAGUGUGAAGCUACGGCCAUGUGUCGAGCUGGAGUUCGACAACCCAGGCACAGGGCUGAAGAACGUCUUUUUGCUUGUGGUCUACCGCAGUGGCCGCCGGCUCCAGUGGCCCUGGACGAGGAGGACUUCGUCGAGGGCAUCGCGGAGGCCGUGGGCAAGGCGGCUGUCGAGGCCGAGCAGGUGUCGGGCGGUGCCUUCGAGUUCCAGGACUUCUCGCUGCCGGAGAACACUGUGGAGCUGGAGGGCACCGAGCAGGAGUUGUGGAUGGUGGCGGCGACAGACGGCUCUGCGAGAGAUGGCGUCGCCGGCUACAGCGUCGUGUUCCCUGGUGGACGAGGCGGCGGCAUGGGGGACGGGAGUGAGGACCAGAGCUCGUUCCGCGCUGAGCUCAAGGCGCUCCUCGUCCUUUUCCGGGCGGUGCUUUUGGCCAGUGACAAUGGGCUGCCGCCGAGGGUGCUGUGGGUUGUGGUAGACUGCAAAGCGGCACUGGAUAGCUUGGCUAAUCCGGUCACAAGCUGUCUGCCGCUGCUGGCGAGUGCUGCUGCGAACCACUUGAAGUCCUUGCAGCGACGUGGCUGGCAGGUCAGGCCUUUUUGGUGUCCGAGCCACGGCAAACGACGAGAGUGGCAGGCUCCUUUUCCCCUUCGGGCUGACCUUUGCAGGCUUUUGAACGAGGCUGCGGACGGCGAGGCGAAGCGGGCCAUGGAGCGACGUCGGACUGGCUCUUUGAGGAGCCGGUGGCAAGCUGAAGCUGAGCAAGUGUGCCAGUGGGAGGAGAAAGCCAUCCUGGCUGCUGCCCAUGCGGGACAAACUUACGGCGAGAGCGUCAUCAAGGUGACCCGACUGCUACGUGCUGGAGCGCAUGGUGACGGCUAG